CUUCAUAAGCAGUCUUACACAUAUAUGGUCGUGUUUUGGCAAGGCAUACGCGCUGGGACGCCUACUCAUAAUAGUUUUUGUUCUAGGUUAUAAACACUUCACGAUUUCCCCUCAAGCGCUCUCAGGAAUCACCUCAAAAAUGUGCAAAUUGUUGUUAAUGACAUCCAAAAUUAAUGAGCUACUAUGUGCUGCGCUGGGCAUAUAAAUGCGGAAAACGGUAGUUCAUCCAACAAUUGUUAAUGCUACCAUUAUUUAAGACGUACUCGGUCUAGAUUUUGCUCUUUAUAAAAUACUUCGAACGCUAAGGUAAAUCAAUUGAACAAUUGCAAAGAUAUCAUCGUCGAGACGCAUACAUUGUUUACACCGGCUUUUUCGUGACCAUUUGAACAGGAGACGGUGUGGUAUUUAAUUUUAGAAGUUACAAAUUUACAAAACCAUUGUGUUAAACGACUUCUUUCUUUCGGUAUAAGCAUCCUCAUAACGAAAAAUGGUGGAAACAGCGGACGUAUUACCAAUGUUCCAGCGUUCAUGUGACUCAAACCCUGCCAUUGCAGAGGCUAUAACGAACAUUCUUCACAGUUCUGACCUUACAUCUCUCUCGGCAAUGACUCGUCAAGGUGGCUCGUCGCUUAAGACUUCAGAAAAACGAGUAAAACGACCCAUGAAUGCGUUCAUGCUUUACGCCCAAGUCGCCCGUCGAAAGGUUGCGACAAAAUACCCAAAUUUAAACUAUGCAAAGCUUAGCAAAACUCUUGGUAAAAUAUGGCAAGUGUUGCCUGAAGAAGAGCGAAGACCUUUCAUUGAAGAAGCCGAGAGACUUCGAACUCAACAUAAACUCGAGCAUCCAGAUUACAAAUACUCCCCGAAACGACUCAAAGGGAAAAAGCAUCAAUUGGCUAAGAAACAAAAAUUCGAAAAUUUAAGACCGGAGGAACUUUUCAGCAUCAUCAAGAAUGAAACAAAUUCUGAUUCAUUAAGGAUGAGUAACGAUCUCACCUCCGUCACAACAAAUGGGCAGUUUAUGUCUUCGACAACCAGGAAUGGUGCUGUUCAUGAUCAGGCAUCUUUGUAUGCUAACCCAGCAAUGUUCAAGCAUUCGUUAAACAACAUUGAUUUCAAUGGAGUUAUUUCCAAUCGACCUGGUUGUUCUGAACCGUCACUAACGUUCGACUCUGAUGAUAAAUAUUAUCCUCCUCCUAAAUACAAUCAAAAUUUAUAUCAUCAAGGAUUUAACUUUCCCGUUUCGCCAUUUGGUUAUUUAUCGAACAACCUGAACAGAAAUCAUAUUCCUCUCUCAGACUAUAUCUCUUCGCCUAAAGAUGACACUUCAAGUCUGUUUACUCCGUUAUCCAACACAUUUGGUGAUGGUUUGAGUUAUUCUAAACUCGUAGAUCCGAUGGAUAACAUCACUUCAAGUUUUAUAUAAAAACUUCCAGUCUAUUUCUAGUCUAUAAUGGGAAAUUUUGCUUCAUUUAAUAGAGUCAUCUUUAUCUCAAGUAGAUUUGACGAACAUUUUAUUCUUAACUACGGCUUUUGCAAAAUGUGCUGGCACAUUUCUUUGACGUUGUAUAUUAUUAGAUUGUAGAUAAUUCUAUAUUAUUUAUAGAUAUAUACAAUAGCUUUCCUAUUUAUGUUUACUUCUUCCUAUAAAAUGUUAGAUGCGUUGUUAAAUUGUGUUGUUUAAUUCUUAGCAAAGUAUAGAUGUAAUCGUGAAAUAGAUGUUAACUGAUUGUA